AUGAGACAGCAAGUUUCUAACACGAAUUUGGAGAAAUGGGCUAAAGUUGAUGAAGAUGAAAGAGAACAUUCAAAGUGGAUCAUCGUUAACUCACAGUGUCAAAAUGAUAAAAAGAGAAAAAUAUUUCGCAGAGAUUUAAAAUCAACAAGACAUGUUAUUAAUCAAUGUCGAAACAUUGCACAUCUGAAGUUGCAUCCUGCAGUUUUUGUCAACCAAGGUUUAUUUAUAAAACAAAUCUCGGUUAAAAGACAAAAAAUUAAUUCUCGAACUGAUCUGUUGACGACGCACAAAAGAAAGAAGAAUGAAUAA